ACGGCACCCGCAGUUUAAAUAGACAUAUUUGUGACCGUAACUUCUUCCACUGUUUAUAUCGCAUUUUAGUUGUUGUACUUGAAGGGUAACUCUACGUGACGCAAACACUGUGGUGAAGACGAAACAAAUGAUAUAAAAAGUGUCGAUUCUGGCUGCAGCUGUCCUUACCGCUUUGGAGCUACAGGCUCUUCACUAACUUCCUGUCCACAGUGUGAAGGAUGAACAAGCUUUCUGUGAGAGGCAAAGCUGCUGCAAGCAGAGCGAACGACUGGGUGAACUCCUCUUUUUCCGAUCUGGUGGGGGAAAGCUGUUCUCUCCCUGGACAGACAAAGGGGUUGUUCCAAAAGCCAGAGCUGAAGAAAGCAAGGAAGAGGAAGGUAGAAGAUUAUCACAUAUCAUCACUGCUGAAUGAAGUGGUACAGAGGGACCUAGAUGAGCCCUGGGUGGACAGAUACUCACCCAGUUCACAGGAUGAGCUGGCCGUCCAUAAGAAAAAAAUAGAGGAAGUAGAAAACUGGAUGAAUACUCACUCAUGCUCUUCAAAGGGUGGUGUCCUUCUGCUGACUGGACCAUCAGGCUGUGGGAAGACUGCUACUGUCCGGGUUUUGUCUGAAGAACUGGGCUUCCGGAUUCAGGAGUGGGUCAACCCUACAAACACAGAGCCAUUCAGCAUGAGGAGUCAGGAAGAAUGGAAAACAAACAGCAUGUUCUCCAGACCCCAACAGGCUCAAUUUCAGGACUUUCUCCUCAGAGCCAACAAAUACAGCUGUCUGAGGAUGAGGGGUGAAGAUGGAGUUACAGACAAGAAGCUCAUCCUGGUGGAGGAUAUGCCAAACCAGUUCUACAGGCAGUCCAGCAGUUUGCAUGAUAACCUGAGGCUCUUUAUGAGGACGAGUCGAUGUCCUUUGGUCUUCAUAGUGUCAGACAGUCUGAGUGGAGACAGAAGCUCACGUUUGCUAUUCCCUAAAGAGAUCCAAGAGGAGUUGGACAUCACAUGCAUCAGUUUCAAUCCAGUGGCUCCAACUACCAUGAUGAAGGUCCUGACUCGCAUUUCAACCCAAGAGGCAGGGAAGAGCUGCACAAAGACAGUCAUCCCAGAUAAGAAAGUGUUGGAGAUGCUGUGUUCAGGAAGCUCAGGAGAUAUCCGCAGUGCCAUUAACAGCUUGCAGUUUUCUUCUCUACCAGACACUCAGUCACUGGAAAAUGACCUGUGGAGGAUGCAGAAGGACAAACCUCUGGUAUCAAAGGGCAAAGCUUUUUCCAAAACAAAUCAGAGAAAGAAAAAAUCAAAAAAUAAAAAAGAUGAAGAAGAGGAGCAGGCUAUCGGUGGGAAAGAUGCUUCUCUCUUCCUCUUCAGGGCACUGGGAAAAAUCCUACACUGUAAACGAGGCAACCCUGAUGAUUUUGAAGGAGAUGACGUUUCCACUGUUCCUGUACUAUCAACUCAUUUGUCUCAUCAUCACAGAGAAACAUUAUUAGUCAACCCUGAGCUCGUUGUUGAACGGUCUCACAUGUCUGGAGAGUUCUUCAACCUUUACCUCCACCAGAACUACCUAGACUUCUUUUCUGAGGUGGAGGACGUGGACCGGGCCAGCGAGUACCUGUCUGAUGCUGACCUCUUUACUUCUAAUUGGACGCAUCGAAGCAUCAUGGAAGAUUAUAGUUCGUCAGUGGCCACAAGGGGGCUUCUUCAUUCCAACUCUCAGCAAGUUUCUGUUGGCUUCAGGCCGCUGCACAAACCCAAUUGGCUGCUAAUAAACAAAAAGCACAGGGAGAACUGUCUGUCUGCUCAGUCCCUCUUCAGGAAUUUCUGCCUGACACCAGUCAGCCUGCAGACUGAGCUGCUGCCAUACUUGGCCAAACUCACCAAUCCUAUGAGAAACCAAGCUCAGAUAACGUUCAUCCAGGAUGUUGGUCAGAUGCGAGAGAGGAACUAUUACAGCAGAACAAAACUGGAGGCUCUCACAGACAAAGAACCAGGGCAGCUGGAGAAUGAGGGUGAGGAAGAAGAUAAGAUGGUGAAGGAGGAGGAUCAGGGUGGAUCUGAGGAGGGUCUGCCAGCCAGUCAGCCUCAACCUACAACAAGUCAAGCACUUCUGGAGGAGGAGGAGCUGAACAUAGAAGAAUACGAUAGUGACUGACAAAUACAGAUCAACCAGAAUGUCACACACUGUCACAAUGUAUUUGUCUCAGGAUGUUGAGAUUAGGAAGAAUAUCAUCCCAGUUUACUCAUUAGGAUGAUGAUGACAAUGAAAUGUCUUUGUCUUCCAAAGUGUGAAGAUGGUUAAGACGGCUGUUAUGCUGUUGCACAUUUUUCUUUUGCCUUAUUUAGGUUAUUUUCCACCAUUCCAUCUUUCACCAUUCACCUUCAAAGCCUCAUGUGAAUGUAACUGUGUAGCUUUACAAAAAUGCACCUGGGGAUUAAUCUUUAUAAUCUCACCAAGUGGCUAUUAGUUAGCUGUUCUGUUUUAUGAACUGAACUCCUGUCAGUAUUUAUUUAGUUUUGUGUUUAUGUUCAGCACUUCGUUAUUCUUUGUCUCCUAAUGUUUUUGUUUUGUGGAUUCAUUGAUGAGCCUGUAGUGAACUGUCUGUCCAGAGCAUAGCUCGUUCACUCUUGCAGGUUGAGGAAAACAAACAAAUAAUAAAAAAACACCAUAUGAAGAUGAAAGUUAUUUUACUUUUGAAGUGUUGUUGUGGAUAAAGUGCCUGAUUUACCUUUUCUGAAACUAUGGCUAAACAAAACGAAUUUAUCUUAACCCACCAUAAAUAUCCAGACAUUGGCGUUUGUGUUGCUUUGUGAACCACUCCCUAAAGUUCAUUAAAUAACUGAUGUAAUGUACAUCACUUUACUUAUGACUGUGUUGAGAGGUGCAUGUUGUGACUGUGGCAUUUAAGUUUCUUCAGUGUGAUUCACACCUGGUACUUAAAGUAACCAAAAGCAGGAACUCCUCUGUCCCCAUAACUCAUUAAUGCAAAUGUUCUUGAUGGACUUUGGUUUACCAGAAUGAUUGGUUUACAAACUCCUGUUUCUAUUUGGAAGAGGCUGCUGAUGCAGUAAGAUAAGCAGUAAAUAUGAUUUCAAGUUCUAGGCUUAUGUCGGUAAAGAAAAUUUAGUUGGACUUUUUGUUACGUUAUAGAUUUUUCUUUUCAUGCUUGUGUCCCUGAUAGAUGUGUGUUAUCAGUGAUGAUGCAAAUGUGCCUUGUUCCAGAUGACUGAGCUGAUUGUGCCACACACACAACCACACUUCAACCCUUGGUUGAACUAUGUCUUUAAAUGCCAAUUGUUAUAUGACUAGUUCAAAUCUAUUUAAGAAUGUGAAUAAAAUUAUGUGAGAACC